AUGUCGACUUCUGGUGGGGGCGACGAUGCUGCCGCCCCCAGUAAAGCAACCGUUAGCAAAAAGGAUAUCCUUAGUGAAGCUGAAGCAAAGCUAGCUGCGCUUUCAUUGAAACCUGCCGAACAGGUGAUGGUAGGUAAUGCUGCUCCAGGAACGUUAGGAAUACCUUUUGCUAUACAAACGAAUGCUUUUGGUGUGAAACUCACAAAAUCUAUGACUUUUUGGCGGUAUGACAUCGUCAUCUAUGCAGAGAUAAAGGCUGGAAAGAAAACAGUAUUUUUCACAAAGAAAGGACGCGAUGACUAUCUCAUUACAAACCGCAAGUACAAAUGCAAGCUUGUCUUCGAGGCUGUGGUCAGAUCCUACUCUGACUUCUUUGGAGAAGGAGACGACCUGUGGUACGAUGGACAAAGCGUGCUGUACGCAGGACAUGACUUAUUCAAAGGGCAAGACCGUAAUCCACAAAAGUAUCCUAUCUCCGGCCAAGACUGUGGCGAUGAAGCGCUCUCGGUCAUCAACACUAUAAUAUUCGACAUCUCUCCUGUUCAAGACAACUACUGUAUAUCCAUAACGGACAAAAUUUUACGAGAAAACACUGCGAAUUCUGAUCUUACCAAAAACGACCGGACGAUAUCGCAGUUGAUGGAGCUUGUCUUUAAUCAAGUUGCAGUGAUGAAUCCGAAGGAGCAUGUCACAUUCGAAAGUGGGAAAACAUUCUUCAAUCAUCCGUGGUUGUUCGGCUUUACGGAGAGAGAUUGUCCCGACGUUGGUGGUGGAAAGAGGCUUUAUCCAGGAAUACAAAAAAGCGUGCGAUUUAUCGAAGGUCCCAGUGGCCGUGAUUACAACAACCCAGCUUUAAUUAUGGACGCAAAGAAAGCCGCAUUUCACGAAGACAUCCCUCUGGUCGAGAAGGCUAAACUUCUCAUCAAUGACAAUCUCGAUAGGAAACUUUCGGACAUAGCUCUGAGAAGACUCAAUUCAGGAUUAAAAGGACUGUUUUUCUACACAAAACAUACGGGAUAUGAAAGCGAUCAUCAAAUAUCACGUAUCACCGAACACACAGCUGCUGACACAACGUUUGAAACACCAGAUGGAAAGAAGAUUACUAUACUUGAAUACUUCGAGGACAAAUACAAAAUUAAACUUCGUUACCCAUACGCACCUCUUGUAAUGGUACGCGAGCGUGGUCGCAGCAAUAGCUAUCCAAUGGAAUUGGGGUGGUUGAGAGCCAUGCAGCGAGUCAACAUCCCUCAGCAAACCCCAGAUCAAAUUCACAGAACUACAAGGAACUGUGCUGUUGCUCCCGGUGAACGUCAAGAUAACAUAGUGAAGGGAGCUCGUGCAAUGAAAAUUUUUGGGUCUGAUGACAAUCCUUACGUCCAAAACGCUGGCCUCUACAUUUUUAAGAACCCCAUCAAGGUUCAUGGAAGAUUACUGCCUCCUCCUAAAAUUAAGUAUCAGAGUGAAUCGACUUCAGUUAGGGAUGGAAAGUGGAGAACACCUCGUGGUCCUCUUCUGAUACCAGCGGAAUGCGACCUUUGGGCAGUUUAUGCCCUAGUGCCUACUCACGAGAAAGCCCGUUUCGAUGAUCGGGUGUUACGCAACUUUGCUGGAGCAUUCUAUCGAGAAGCUAUUUCCCGUGGAAUAAAGCUGUCGGAUCCCGCUGAGAUUGUGUUGAUGUCCACGGAAAGAGAACUAGAAGAACGAAUGAAGAACGCGGCUCAUCAUAAUUGCAAAUUCUGUUUGAUUGUUACAGCAGACAGUAUUACUUCGGCACAUAAGCAGAUAAAACUUUGGGAGAGAGAGCUGGAAAUGGUGACUCAAGAUGUGAAGUUGACUAACGCUCUUAAGGUUGUCAACGAACGGCGUCUUGUUACCUUGGAGAACAUCCUGCUCAAGGCUAAUUUGAAGAUGGGAGGACUAAACUAUGAAAUGGACCUGGAAGGAGUACUACCUAAGGAUGAAACGAAGAAUUGGGUUCGUCCUGGACGUCUGUUUCUUGGAAUCGGUGUCAGUCAUCCACCACCUUCAAUGACCUUCGACGCGGAAAAAGGCACUCCUUCAGUAGUUGGCUAUGCUGCAAACUUCAAAACUAAUUGUUAUGAUAUUGUUGGGGACUAUCUGUUUCAAAGUUCACGAAGGGAAGAGACCAUAUCAACAAUGUGCGAAAUUGUGAGUAACGUUAUCCCGAAAUUCGCUCAGAAUCACGAUGGGAAAUUCCCAAGAGAUCUCAUUAUCUACAGGAGUGGUCUAUCGGAAGGCUCUUUCGGCACCGUGCUCUCUCAUGAGAUCCCGCUUCUGCGGAGUACUUUAUCAGAUUUGGGAGCGAAUAACAUCAAAAUCACUUUUAUUGUUGCUCAAAAGGAACACAACGUUCGACUCAUGCUGGAGAAAAUCGAUCGCUCUCGUCGACCUACAGAGCAAAAUAUUCCUCCUGGAGUUGUUGUUGAUACAGAACUCACUCAUCCUUCUUUUAAAGAGUUCUACCUCAAUUCCCACAUUACCCUUCAGGGAUCUGCGCGUACUCCCAGGUACACCGUUUUGGUUGAUGAUCUCAACUUGUCUAUGGACGAGUUGGAAGGCAUGACCUAUCUACUUACGUAUGGACAUCAAAUUGUGAACCUCCCUACAUCUCUUCCAACACCUCUUUACGUUGCAAAUCGAUACGCCGAGCGAGGACGCAACACAUACACUGCUCAUCUUCAGUCGUCCGGAUCAAGUUCGUCUGACUCUGGAGCUUCCAUGGACUUCGGUCGACUUGCACAUCGACUCUCCUACAAUGGCACAAAGCUGGAGAAUAUUCGCAUCAUUAUGACUGACAUGGACAUUGAAACCAGUACGCCUCCAUCAUCACAGUUUCAUGAGCCAAAUGAAAACGGUAACAACCAUGAUCAGGAGUUUUCUGUGGAGCUACCGCCUUCUAACGCUCAAACGGAAACUGCAUCUUCCACUCCAGCCACACCUACAGCGGCAGCUACACCUACAGCAUCGUCGGUGCAUGCUGAAGCAUUGGUGGCUAUGCCCGUGCUUCAACAGCAUGGAGAGGUAUUUGUCGGCCCAGGGUCAAAACGCGAAGCCCAGUUAUUGGGUUUGGGUCUAACGAAAUUGAGUUCUAGAAGGAAGGACGACCUACAUUUGGCCAAGCGGUAUGCCAUGGACGUAUCAAUCAAACAGAUUAUGUUGCGUCAACAAAAAGCUCAUCACGAGAAUCAACAGAAACAGGCGAUGUACGCACAGGCACUUUCACUUAUGGCCCGUGUCUAUAUCGGGUCGAUCUCGUUCGAAGUUAGGGAAGAAAUGAUCAAGAAGGCUUUUGAGGUGUAUGGACCUAUCAAAAGUAUCAACAUGAGUUGGGACCCGACUACUGGUCAUCAUAAAGGAUUUGCUUUUCUGGAAUUCGAUGUCCCGGAAGCAGCUCUUCUUGCACAAGAGUCUAUGAACGGUCAGCUGAUGGGAGGAAGAAAUCUGAAGGUUGGCCGGCCUUCGAAUAUGCCGCAGGCACAGCCUAUUAUCGAAAUGGUACAACAGGAUGCUAAAAAGUACCACAGAGUUUACGUGUCUUCAGUACACCCCGACCUGUCGGAAAGCGAUCUGAAGAGUGUGUUCGAGGCCUUUGGGGAAGUGGUCAAGUGUCAGCUAGCUCGACAAAGUGCUACCGGGAAAGGAAGUCAUCGUGGCUUUGGAUACAUUGAGUUCAACAACGCUGCUGCAAUGAAUGAGGCGAUUUCUGGCAUGAAUAUGUUCGAUCUUGGAGGACAAUUCCUUAGGGUUGGUCGAUGCAUAACACCUCCUGAAGCAUUGACUUAUCUGUCACCUCAGACUCAAGCUGCUUUACCCACUGCCGCUGCUCAAGCUGCUGCUGCUGUUACAGCCAAAGUUAUGGCCGCUGAAGCAUCUGGAGCUGCAAAAAAUCAAGGAUCUGGGUCCAACUCACCUCGACCAAUGAGUCCUGCUCCAGCUGCGGUCCCAGUACUUUCAAAUCCAGGAAUUGCUUGUCCUUCUCCGCCGACAGUUAUUACUCCGUCUCUGCCACAACCUACAUUGGCCGUACCACCUCCUCCUGUUGCGGUAGCUGCGCCGCAUUUGUACAAUCCUCCACCAGUCGUUCAAGUCCCUCCAGUUUCUUACCCACCAUCAGACUAUGGAAUGCCUCCACCACCGCUCAAUGGAUAUCCGCCUAUGGCUCCUCCACUUAGUGUUCCGCCAGUUCCUCCUCCUCUUGCAACUCAGCGUGGUUUCGGUGGGUUUGCACAACCUCCCGUCCCUGUCCCUGGAGUACCACCACCAGUUGUUCCACCACCAACUAUCAUGCCCCCUCCACCACCGCCUGCUGCUCGUUCGCAGGCGCCUGCAGCGCCUAAAGUUGAACGAUCGUUUGAGGAGAAGAUGGACCGAAUUUUGGAAAGAACAAAAGCCAAACAAGAAGCAAAACUAGCAAUGCCUGUGACGUUUGGAGCAAUAGAUCCUUUGUUUGCUCCAAAGGAUCCUCUUGCGGGUGGAGAGGACCAGGAAGGACCUCUCGCUAUUACUGGAAAAGCAAACCAAGAUGUUCAAAGCAUGGCAUUGGCGCUCAUUGGCGAUAACCAGUUAGCACUUAAAGGACAAAAGAAUGCUGCACAAGGUGAUACUGCAGAACCUCAAAAGAAGAAGAAGCGAGUGGUAGAAGCGAAGAAGAUUCAACCCAAACUCAACACAGCCCAAGCACUGGCUGCUGCCGCCAAGGCUGGAGAGCUUUCUGACGCUGUUAUUAACGAACAGAUGAACAGUGAAGAUGCGACGCUUGCGUCACAAGAAGGACUUGCCAUUCGUGGGAACGAUGCUCGACACUUGUUAAUGGCUAAAUUGAUGCGUACAAAUAGGUCUACCGUAUUAGUUCUUCGAAAUAUGGUUAAUCCCGAGGAUAUCGACGAGUACUUAGAAGAGGAAAUCAAAGACGAGUGCUCCAAAUAUGGAGAAGUUCAAGAGGUUGUCAUAGCAAAUGAUCAAAAUGCCGGUCUAGUGAAAAUUUUUGUUCGAUUCGCAGACCCGAAGCAGGUUGACACUGCCCGCGCUGCCCUUGACAAACGAUUUUUCGGUGGACAUACAGUAUCAGCAGAGAUAUACGAUCAAGCGAUGUUCGACCACAAUGAUCUCAGUGGUUAA